ACUCUGCAUGCAGCUAACAUGGUCUGGUAUUUCAGCAUUGACUUGGAAAGUGAACAGAUAUCAGCUAACAGGUUUCAAGAUAAUGAUGAGCUGCGCUACUCUCUUAGGUCUAUAGAACUGCAUGCCCCCUGGGUCCGCCAUAUCUAUAUUAUCACCAAUGGUCAGAUACCAUCCUGGCUAGACUUAGAAAACCCACGGGUCACUCUGGUCACACAUCAGGAGAUCUUCCCCAACCAGUCCCACCUGCCCACAUACAGUUCUCCAGCCAUUGAAGUCCACCUUCAUCGUAUACCUGGGCUAUCAGACAAGUUUAUAUACAUGAAUGAUGAUGUGAUGUUUGGAAAGGAUGUCUGGCCUGAUGAUUUUUACACUCAUGCUGGAGGACAGAAGGUAUAUCUGACAUGGCCAGUACCAAAUUGUCAGGAGGGUUGUCCUAACACCUGGAUCAGAGAUGGUUACUGUGACAAAGCUUGUAACUCAUCAGAAUGUGAUUGGGAUGGAGGAGAUUGUACAGGUGGAAAUACACAAGUUGGUUCUAAUAACUUUGGUGCACAAUUUCCCCAAAACAGCUUUGAUUCUUCAGAAGAAUUGUACUGCAACUCUGGGUGUGCUAACAACUGGGUGGCAGACAGGUAUUGUGACCAGGCCUGCAAUGUGCUCAGCUGUGGCUUUGAUGCUGGAGACUGCGGCAAUGCUAACUUCAAUCAACUCCACAAGGUGGACAUUCUGCCAAGACAGCACCACUACAGGCUCCCUGGAGGAUUUCUGGUCUACUACUUUAACCUGACAGCCAUAUUCCCAAUGGAUGCCUCUGGUAUCAGGAAAGCAGAAUACGAGAAGCACAAGGUCAUCAGAACAGCUGCUGUAUCCAACAAGUACAAAACCAUGACACUGCUGCUGUAUUCAAAGCACAAUGAUACAGAAUUGAAUUUCAAGAUUGCUGGCAGGGUGGGAUUGAACCACACUAUUGAAUUUGAGUUUAAUGUGACUGUAAAUACUUGGCCAUUGCCCACAAAAAAGGCUGCCAUAGACUCUACAUCUGUGAAUGUUACUAGCAGUAAGGAUGCAAGCAAUGACACUGUCAAAAUGGAAGAAAAUGUCACUGAGGCCCCUUUUAGCUUCACUGAUGUGCCAAAGGAAAUAAGGAGUGCUUUCCCAGUCCAGAGGACAUUGGAGUUAGAUCUGGACAGGUACCAGGUCAUGAACAUAUCAAACCUACAGCUCUCAGGAGAAGUUAUGGUUCUACUAAAACAGCUGCAGGAGAGUUUUAAACAAGAAUUUAGCCUGCACUCUUAA